CCGUCACCCCUACAUUCCGGACCAGAAAGACGGCUCCUCAUGAAUAUGCAAAUGAUAUGCGAGCAGCCCGGGAGGUGUUCUGGUUGGUGAUGUCACAGACUGGUUUACUCUCCGUUGUGUGGGACUUGAUGGCAGGCUUGUGCUGGCUUUUUAGCGAGUCUAAAUAUUAAUAGAUAAAUAUUUUUUGGGGGGGAUGUCACGUACAAUGAUCAGUAAUAUAUGCGGUGAAUCUUUCAGAGGCAAACUUGGGUUGUCUGUAGUGUUCUUGUAAUUGGAUUUUUCGUCUCUCUUUCUGAGUUACAGUAGUUGGCUAUAUUACUACUAUACCUACCAUCAUAAAAACUCAGAAGAUCCAGCUUAUUUUUUUUGCAAAACUACACGAUACAUUUAUUUUAGAACGAUACGAAGAAGGAAGGUGAAAUACUUUUUUUUUUUUUCCUUUUUAAGAACUUGAUCUAGACCCGGCCUGUUUUUGUUAGCUGGCUUCACCAACACAAGAACUGUUUUAUUUUUUUGGUCGUUAUUUAUUAAGACAAUCAGUCGGACCGAAUUAAAAACAAGGUGUCGACAGAUUCAAGCAAGCUUGCCUUUCUUUACACUGGGCGAGAACUUCAUCAAAAUCAACUAAUGAAAGCCAUCGACCAUGCAGUAACUAGCCCAGGGUGUCGUGGCUUAAAAAAAACAACGAGUUACAAUCUUUCGACAUAUGUGGCUUUUACAUUGCUGCUAAAUAAAACACAAGGACACCAGGAUAUCUAGAUGAAACUUUGAAACAAAACGACGUUCAUUUACACGAAGAAAUCUAUUUUGAUUUUUUAUUCCACCCACAACACCCAGUUUUUUUUCUCCUGUUGGGUGUUUCUGUUGCUGUGUUUGACUCCAUAAAGUAAACCGUCUCGCAUAUUUCUCGCCGGUUUUUGUUGAAAUGGAUAUAGCAUCGACUUCAACGUUUGAUUCAGAGGAUUGCAGUCGACGUCGGACGGUGGAGGACUUCAAUAAGUUCUGCACCUUUGUGCUGGCGUACGCAGGAUACAUCCCCUACCCUGACGAGGAAGCUCCUCUGCGUUCGAGCUCCAGCCCUCCGAACAGCACAGGCAGCACGGUGGACAGCGAUGGCUGGGAGCCCCGAUUCACCAGCCUGCCUGCCACCCCCGAGUUCACCCUGCCAGCCCAGAGCCGCCAGAGCUUCGGGGGCUUCAAACGGGGCGCAGGAGGAGCUGGGGGGGUAGGGGGACCCCAAACCAAGAGGUCCAGGUCUGCAGGCUUCACGCUGGAGAGAAAGAAGGUGGACAAGGUCAAGAAGAAGAAAAAGCUGAAGAGGAGAGGAGGAGAGGAGGGAGAGAAACUGCCUCUUGUGCCGGAGCACCCCCUACUGGGCAGGGUGAUCAAGCAGGAACCGCAAGACCACUGCGAGCACUCGGGGGUGACGGAGGGGAUCGGAGAAGAUCGCCCCAGAGCAACCACUGCUACUGCUGAUACCGGCCCCUCCACACCCGCCACCAGAGACACCAGCCAGGUUGAGACCGUGUCAGCGCUUCAGCUGCAAUGCAAAGAAGAGCCCAGUUUGGGCAGCCCCUCCUCGCUGUACCCCGGCUUCAGGGGUCAGGACACAGAGGAGGAGGAGGAGGAGGAGGAGGAGGAGAUGGCGAGGGUGGAAAGAGAAACGGCAGCUCCCGGGAAGAGGACUGUGAUCCGACAGGGAAAGCAGGUGGUGUUCCGGGAUGAGGACGGGUUCGGGAAUGAUGAGGACAUCAUGGUGGAUUCAGACGAUGACUCGUGGAACCUGGUGACGUGUUUCUGCACCAAGCCGUUCGCGGGACGUCCCAUGAUCGAGUGCAACGAGUGCAACACCUGGAUACACCUGUCCUGCGCCAAGAUCCGCAAGUCCAACGUCCCAGAGGAGUACGUGUGCCAGCAGUGCCGGGACUCCAAAUUCGACAUCCGCCGCUCCAAUCGGUCCCGCCUGGGCUCCAGGAAGCUGUGUGUGGACUGAGCCGGUCUGAGACUCUACUGCGGGGGGAGAGGGGUGGAGUCAGCCAGUGCAGGGCAGUGCUCAGGUACCCUGGAUAGUGUGGCCAGGUUUCUGUUUCUGUUUCACUGCCUGUGCUCUAGUUUGUUUAAGGUCCUUUAAGACGAAGGCGUCUGCUUGAAUGGGUUAAACAAGGCAGAGACAGACACAGAGAAAAGAACUCCAGUCAAGUAUUGUGACGAUGCUCAAAACAGACUCUGUGUAAAUGUUGGGUUUCUGUUUGGUACUUUCUUUUAUUUCAGAGUGACUGAUAAGGGAACAGCACUGGCCUUUCACACUGUUCAAGGACUAAAGACUUUUGGAACAGAAACCUGGGUUGUGUAGGUGAGGGGAGAGGGAUACUCGCAGAGUCUUUGAGGAGAGGGGUACUCGGAGAGGCUUUGAGGAGCACAGCUGUAUAUUAAAAUGCACUUUGGGAACAAGGGGGGUCGGUUGAAGACGAGAGGAAGGAAAGCACGGCGACUCCACUGAGAGAGGAGCUGUCUCUGAGUCCUGAGAGACUCUCGUACUGAGGACCCGAGAGACCGAGUCCUUCCUCAAGUUACUGCUCUCCACUCCCUCGAUUACACACACACUGUCGUCUGCCUCUGAUUUCAGGACUCAUAUACACACAAACACACACACACACACACACACACAAAGUUAUACGUUGCUUUAAAACAGAAAAGACAAUAUAUUUAUUUUUUAAAAGAAAUGUCAGAAGGAAAUAAUGAGAUUUAUUUAUUGGAAGAUGUUUAAAGAAUGAACCUCCCUCUGUCUGUCUUCUCUCUCUCUCCCUCUGUCUCUCUCUUUCUCUCACUCUUGCUCUCUUUCUCUCCCCUCUCUCCCUCUGUGUCUCUCUUUCUCUCUCUCUGUGUCUCUCUCCUUCUCAAUGUCUCUCUCUCUCGCUCUCUCUGGUUUUGUUUAUUUUUACUGUGUUUUUUUUUUUUUCAUUUCAAUGUGGAUUUUGGGGCCAGUGCAUCCUCUCCCUGACUCGGGUGUAAUGGGCUCAGAUCUCUAUGUUGUGUUGUAUUGCAGUGCCAGGCUAACUGGGAUUGCUAAUCAAGGUGUGAGCUUCACUGUGUAGAGUACUCAGCUCACCGAAUUGAGCGGGAGGGUGCAGCUCCGCUUUCCAGCUUGUAGUUCUCAGUCGAGUCCAGCGAUUGUUUCCCAGUCCUGGAGUUCAUUCAGUUAAAUGAUGCCUCACUGUAGGAGUCUUUGUAUUGUUGCUUGUUUUGUUUAUUUGCUCACAGUGUGCUCUCAAGCCCAGGACCGACCAGGCAGCGUAGGAAGCUGCUUGUAUGAGGUGGUGUUUUGAAGCAGUUUUUCACCUUGUCACUGGAUUAAACCACAACAUGUGAACAAGUUUCACUGGAGCCACGUCUGGCGACUGCUUGAAAAGCUCCCUCUGUAUAAAAACCCGCCUGGUGUGACAGGCCUAGUUUAUCAUUACAGGGUCCUAGUUCAGGAGAGUCCCUACCUGUUUUGUUUUAUUGCAUUCUGCAGUUAAGUCUGGGGUUUAGUGAUCCUGUUAGAAAGCAGUGUGACACAGAGGUCCUACGUUUGAACCUCAGACUGUUUGAACCCCCCCAUCGCAGUUGUGACCGUUCUGAUUACCUGUGUUAUUUGUUUGAUUUUACACUAAAACAGAAGUGCUAGUUUGUUUUUUUUGUAUUAAUAAAGUAUAUAAAUAUAUUCUACUUUGAAGCAAAGAAAAAAGUUUUACCAAAGGAAAAGAAGGCUGUUCCCUUUUUUUUUUUUUUUUAUUUAAGAAGAAAGCGCCCUGCUGAGUAACACAGGGUAGUGCGUGAUCGCUGGUGGGGUACAGUUUGUAUUCAGCACCGCGUCGCAGGGUGAGCUCCACUGAGGGACUGUGAAAGCAGGCGAGGAGGAGAAUUCUGUUUCCGUGAAACUCUGUAAAUUUGUGUAACGAUUUUGUAAAUAAAGAUCUAACUAGUGAUAUUUUAAGCUGAA